AUGCAAACUGUGAGCACCCAGAUGAAGGCCACGGUCCUGAUGCGGCAGCCCGGGCGGGUGCAGGAGAUCGUGGGCGCCCUCCGCAGGGGCGGGCGAGACCGCUUACAGGUCAUUUCUGACUUUGACAGGACCUUGAGCAGGUCUUCCUAUAAUGGAAUGCCAUGCCCUUCUUCCCACAAUAUUCUGGAUAACAGUAAGAUCAUCAGCGAGGACUGCCGGAAAGAGCUGAAAGCACUCUUUCACCACUAUUACCCAAUUGAGAUUGACCCACACCGGACUGUCAAAGAGAAGUUACCUCAUAUGGUAGAAUGGUGGACCAGAGCACACAAUCUCCUGUGUAAGCAGAAGAUUCAGAAGUGUCAGAUAGCCCAGGUGGUCAAAGAGUCCAAUGCAAUGCUUAGGGAUGGAUACAAGGUGUUCUUCAACACCCUCUACCAAAACAACAUCCCCCUUUUCAUCUUUUCUGCGGGCAUUGGUGAUGUCUUGGAAGAAAUUAUCCGACAGGUGAAAAUGUUUCACCCCAACAUCCACAUUGUGUCUAACUACAUGGAUUUUGAUGAAAAUGGUUUCCUACAGGGAUUCAAGGGCCAGCUCAUACACACAUACAACAAGAACAGCUCCGUGUGCGAGAAUUCCAGUUACUUCCAACAGCUUCAGGGCAAAACCAACAUCCUCCUGCUGGGAGACACCAUGGGGGACCUCACUAUGGCCGAUGGGGUUCCAGGGGUGGAGAACAUUCUCAAGAUUGGCUUCCUAAAUGACAAGGUGGAGGAGCAGCGGGAGCACUACAUGGACUCAUAUGACAUUGUGCUGGAGAAGGACGAGACGCUGGAGGUGGUCAACAGGCUGCUGCAGCACAUCCUGCACCAGGGGGACUGGGUGGAGAUGCAGGGCUCGUGAGUGCGCAGGCGCAGGGCCGGUCUCAGCCGGCCGUGGCAGGGAGGGGAGCCUCCCUGGGAGGCUGCUCUGUUGUGAACCUGGUGUGUACAGAUAGUCCAGGCCAUUCCCAAGCAACUGGGUCCUCGCCCUCCCCUCCUCCUUUCCCUGGCACAUUCUGUUUGAGUUCUCCAAGGCCUGAGGGAGGCAGCAAAAGCCAGUCCAGAUGAAUCGGACCUGUGGGGUGUUUGCAUUCUGGGGAUCAUUUGGUCCAGGAUUCUUCUUUUCAAAAAUGUUUAACAUGGAAAGCUGUUCUUCAAACAAAUCGACUGUGUGAAGCAGAUCAAAAUAAAAAAGGAAAACCCAGA